GAAAUUCUCCCACAUCAUCCUGCCGCCCAGUCUUCCAUGGUGGCUUGGUUCAAGAGCGAGGAUUCCGGUCCAGCUUGGAGGAGCGCGGUCGGCAGCUGGCAGGGUCGCGUGACGAAGGGCAGCGUUACCAGAAAGGUCGAGGCUGGAAACGGGGCUACAAGACCUGUGGCAUACCUCGCCGGCGACCCGAACAGCGGAUACGAUUUCGGCAAGAUCAUGAAGCCGGACUUCACGAUUUGUUCCAUCUCGCGCUAUGCAGACUACGGUGUGAUGGAGGUCAUCACGUGGAACCGAGCACUCUCGGAAGACGAGAUGUGGACCAGCAUGGAGUACCUGAACUGGAAGCUCCAGGCACACCUUGCGCAUCAGCCAUCUGCGGAGUCUUCCAUGGUGGCCUGGUUCAAGAGCGAAGAUUCCGGUCCAGCUUGGAAGAGCGCAGUGGGCAGCUGGGAGGCUCGCGUCACCAAGGGCAGCGUGACCAGAAGGUUCAAUGCAGGCAGUGGGGCUGCAGUACCCGUGGCGUACCUCGCCGGCGACAGCAACGCUGGCUAUGACUUCGGCAAAAUCAUGAAGCCGGACUUCACGAUUUGUUCCAUCUCGCGCUAUGCAG